AUGGCCAACAGGGCGCGAGCCACGUCGAUCAACCAUCUGCCAGACGAGCUUCUUUCCAGAAUUAUCUCGCUCGCGACGACUGCCGCCACCUCCGCAAAAUCGACAGCAGAACUUGACGCCGCGAAUGAAACCGGCAAGACUAGCGUGCCCAACUUCACGGAUGCCCCCGAUUUUAGCAACCUCGCUGUCGUUUGCAAGCGAUGGAUGCUCCUGAUGACGAUCCUCCGCGUCCGCGGCGGCUUUAAGUCAAAGCAUUCCGAACUCCGCGGUCCCGAGCUGCGCGCCAUGACGCUUUCCGCUCCCGCCAUCUCCGCGCCGGCGCUCUUCCGCGCGCUGGCGCUCGCGCCGAGAGUCACGGCGCUUUCUCUGGAGGCGAACGCCGUCGAUUUCUACGACGACGAGUUCCUGUCUCGCCUGCUCUCCGCGCGCCCCCAGCUCGCCCGCCUCAGCAUCGCCCCUCCCCGCUUCACCGGAACCCCGCACUUUCGAAUCGGCACGAAAGCUGUCGAGAAUUUCUUCCGCCUCGCGUCGUCGCGCCUGCAAGAGCUCUCGCUGCGCGAAUGCCUCGGCCACACGACGAAGCUCCUUGCUUCCGUCGCGUCGCUGUCGUCGCUGCGCGUGUUCCGCCUCCACUCCAAGGUUCUCCGCUCGCUGCCCGACGAGAUGUGCCGGCUGUCUGCCCUGCAGGAACUUUAUCUAAGCUGCCCGUUGCUGCAGCAGCUGCCCGAAAAUUUUGGCCGGCUAAAGAGCCUGGAGCACCUUUCGUUUACAGACUGCACAGAAAUGCGGCGCCUGCCAGACUCGCUCGGCGAUCUCGCCUCGCUCACCUCUCUCCACGUCGACGGCUCGUGGCAGGUCGAUCGCUUCCCGCCUCGCGUCGGCGCGCUGCAGCAGAUGCGGCGACUGGAGCUGCGAAACUUCACUGGCGCGUCGUUACCAGACGCAUGCGAGAAAUGGGCGAAACUCGAAAACGUAACUCUGGAUUCGUGCGCCGACAUGGGCGCUUUCCAGCUCGCGUCCGUACACUCCCUCACACAUCUCACCAUCAGUGCCUGCUAUAGGCUCCAGUCGCUCACACCCAACCUGCCCUUCGCGUCGGCAUUGCGCCAUCUAACAAUCGGCGUUAGUGUCUUUCCCGGCGUAUCCCUCGAGUCGCUAAGCAAUCUCGUAUGUUUGGAGCGGCUCGAGGUGUCAAGCGUCGACCCGACGGAGCGCUUUCCCGAGGCGCUCUUCGCUCUGCCGUCGCUGGCGUACGUGAAAGCGGGGUACGUGUCGUGGGUGGAAGCAGACCACGUGGCGGCCUGGGAGGAGGCGAGGGAGCUCGCCGCGCUCUUCGCGUACCCAGCACCGUAUCAUCCCACUGCCGCCGCCGCCGCCGCCGCCGCCGCCGCAGCAGCCGCAGCCACACCAGCCGCCACCGCAGCAGCAGCAGCAGCAGCAGCAGCAGCAGCAGGUGGUGGAGAGACGGGCUCCGUUUCGCCGCUGGGCCCGUCUCUGAAGCAUCUGAGCAUGCGCUUCGGCAACCUGUUGUACGGCCGGAGUGGCGACAGGCUCUCCGCGCGCCUGUGCUCGCUGCUCUCCCUCACGCACCUCUCCAUCGACUGUCUCUCCUCCUCGUCCCUCCUCCCCUCCGACCUCGGUCAUCUCACCAACCUGCGCUCGCUCUCCCUCCGCGGCACCUGGCUCUGCCUGCCGAACUCGCUCUCCCGCCUCGCCCCGUGCCUGCAAUCCCUGAAACUUAACUACAGCGGCGACAACUACGCGGAUACCUUCCGCCGGGACCUCCCGUCCUGUCUCGCGCGUCUCACCUCCCUCACGCACCUCCACCUCUGCAACAUGCACGUCCCAUCCCCCCCGCCUGCCUUUGCGCGCCUGCGCGCCCUCCGCACGUUGCGCAUAGAGUACGACAGCGGUGGCCCCACGCACGUGUCGCUUCCACAAAACCUCGGCCAGCUGGCAGCGUUGGAGUGGCUGGAGCUGAAGGACUGCUCCGUGGGAGCUGCGCUUCCGCAGUCAUUCUGUGACCUCAGCGCCCUGCGGCGUCUCCACCUCAGUAGUGACUCCUUGAAGCGCUUUCCCAAGGAGAUCUCUAAGCUGUCUCGCCUGGAAGAGCUCUCUCUUGGCUGGUGCAUGAACCUGGAAACCCUGUCCCCUGGGUUUGGCCGCCUGGGAUCACUGAAGAAGUUGAGCAUUCGCAGUGGGCGGAAUGACUAUCUGCCUGAAACCCUUAGCGGCUUAUCAUCCCUAGAGGAGCUCUCCUUGAGUGAUUGCUCUCACAGUUUCCGCCUGCCUCCCUCCUUCUGCCUCCUCCCUCGCCUGCUCUCGCUUACUCUCACCAGCUGCAACGAUCUCACCACCCUGCCGUCCAACUUCGGCUCGCUAUGCUCCCUGCAGCGCCUCUCUGUCGACUCGUGCAAGAAGUUCCACCAUCUGCCCGAUUCCUUUUCCGCCCUUUCCUCCCUCACCUUUCUCACCAUCUCCAAGUGCCCGGUAUUUUCCUCCCUCCCUGAGACAUUUGGGUUGCUGCCCCGCCUAACCCGCCUCCGAAUUGUCGAAUGCGACUCAUUCACGCACCUUCCUGGCUCCUUCUCUUCCCUGCCUGCGCUCCGAGAGGCGUGCUUCAGCCUCUGCAAGCAGCUGCACUCCCUCCCGCCCACCCUUGGCAAGCUGCCGCGCUUAGAAGUGCUUCAGUUGAGGGAGUGUGAGGCGCUCAAGUCACUGCCGGGGUCGCUCAGGCAGGCGAGGGCGCUGAGGCAUGUGGAUGUGUAUGGCAGUGGGGUGUCCGAGAAAGGGGUGGUGGAGAUUACGCUUUCCGCCCCCGCGGUCUCCGCGCCGGCGCUCUUCCGCGCGCUGACGCUCGCGCCGAGCGUCACGGCGCUUUCUCUGGAGGCGAACGCCGUCGAUUUCUACGACGACGAGUUCCUGUCUCGCCUGCUCUCCGCGCGCCCUCAGCUCGCCCGCCUCAGCAUCGCCCCUCCCCGCUUCACCGGAGCGCCCCACUUUCGAAUCGGCACGAAAGCUGUCGAGAAUUUCUUCCGCCUCGCGUCGUCGCGCCUGCAAGAGCUCUCGCUGCGCGAAUGCUUCGGCCACACGACGAAGCUUCCUGCUUCAGUCGCGUCGCUGUCGUCGCUGCGCGUGUUCCGCCUGUGCUCCAAGGUUCUCCGCUCGCUGCCCGACGAAAUGUGUCGGCUGUCUUCCUUGCAAGAACUUUACCUGAGCUGCCCGUUGCUGCAGCAGCUGCCCGAGAAUUUCGGUCGGCUAACGAGGCUGGAGCACCUCUCGUUUACAGGCUGCAAGGAAAUGCGGCGAUUGCCUGACUCGCUCGGCGAUCUCGCCUCGCUCACCUCUCUCCACGUCGACGGCUCGUGGCAGGUCGAUCGCUUCCCGCCUCGCGUCGGCGCGCUGCAGCAGAUGCGGCGACUGGAGCUGCGAAACUUCAACCGCGCCUUCUGCGGGGAGCUGCCACCCAUACUGCCCUUCGCGACAGCAUUGCGCCAACUAAAGAUCAACUAUGUCAGCUCCAACGUAUCCCUCGAGCCGCUAAGUCAGCUCAUAUCUCUGGAGCGGCUGGAGUUGGCAAGCUACAACCACGAGGAGCGCGUUCCCGAGGCGAUCUUCACGCUGCCGUUGCUGGCGUACGUGAAUAUGCGCUACUUCGUGUGGGUGGAACCUCAUGACGUGACGGCGGUGGAGAACACGACGGGGUACGUCGCACGGAAUCAUCCCGCUGCUGCCGCCGCAGACGCAGACUCAGACGCAGACGCAGCAGCAUCAGCAGCCGCAGCAGGGCACCACUCGGCACUCAGCCCGUCGCUGAAGCAUCUCACCAUGUACUUGGGCAGCCUGGGGUACGGCAGGAGAAGCAUCACGCUGUCCGCGCGUCUGUGCUCGCUGCUCUCCCUCACGCACCUCUCCAUCGACAGACUCUCCUCGUCCCUCAUACUCCCCUCGGAUCUAGGCCAUCUCACCAACCUGCGCUCUCUCUCCCUCUACACUACUACAGUGGCGGCAAGAGCUCGAAUGCAUUUCAGCGCGCGUUCCCUUCCUUUCUCACACCUCCGCCUCCACAACAUGCACCUUCCCUCCUCCCUGCCUGGCGUUGCGCGCCUACUCGCCCACCGCACGCUACACAUAGAGUACGACUGGCACCACUGCAGCCACGUGUCGCUUCCAGAAGAUCUGGGCCAGCUGGCAGCCUUGGAGUGGCUGGAGCUGAGAGGCUGCUCUUUGAGCGAUGGGCUUCCGCGAACUCUCUGUGACCUGACCUCCCUGCGCCGCCUGUUCAUUGGUAGCAAAGCCCUAAAGCAGGUGCCCACAGAGAUUUGUCAGUUGUCGCGCCUGGAAGAGCUCACUCUUGACUUGUGCGACAGCCUGGAAGCCCUACCUCCGGGGUUUGGCUGCCUGAGAUCACUGAAGAAGCUGCAUAUUCGUGGUGGGUUGAGAUAUCCUCUGCCUGACACUCUGGGAGGCUUCUCCUCGCUUGAGGAGGUCUCUUUUGGCUCGCUGUUCUCACGGUUUCAGCCUGCCUCCCUCCUUCUGCCUCCUCCCUCGUCUGCACACGCUUACUCUUACCCACUGCGAUGA